AUGUCUGGAGCCAACAUGUCCUCCAAUCCUCGACGGACCCCGGUGACUCGUUCCGGCACUGCGGCUGCCAAUGGGUUGACCCUUAAGACCAAGAUGGUCCUCAGGAAGGGUGCUACUUUUCAUUCUCCUCCUUCCAGCCCUUCUUCAGAGAUCUCUCUCCCAUUCAGACCUCCACCACUCCCUCGUCGUUCCCAGACCAGUCUGGAUGAUGUCGUUGAUGCUCACCGUCGUCGUGCUGCAUUGACCCUAAGCGACUUUGAUAAGACCCUUUCCGGAUCCAACGGCUCGUCGUCGUCGAUUAAAGUAUUCCGAGACGAGAGCCUGCCGGUCCCGAGAGGCUUCCUUGACCACGCCGUCACCAUGGCCAAGGACAAUGACUCUGAGCGGCGCGUCCUGCGUCCGCGUGAAAACACUCGCCGCCCUGCACGAUACCACGAGUCCGACAGUGGCCUCGGCACCUCGGUCGCCUCGACAUCUGAGAAGCGCGGUGCCAACAAGAAAGAGAAGACCACCUCCAUCAAGUCUUCUGCCAUCACCCGGUCGGCCGCCGCUGAAGCCGAGCAGCUUCCAGGCCUCAGCCCUCGCGCUACGAACCGGAUCUAUGAGCACACGCUGAAGCCUCUGCUAUCGAAGCCAUCGCUCAAGGACUUCCACCCGCUCCUUCUGGAGUGCCCCCGCAAGAUCCACAGCAAGGAGAUCGUCUGCUUGCGGGAUCUUGAGAAGACCCUACUACUAAUCGCUCCUGUAAGUGAACUCGAGAAAGACAAAGGCGUUCGGGGAGAUACUUAUAGGAUGUUGUGUUCAAAGGAGAGGACCAAGGUUGCCGAGCUGUAUCUCGAAUUCUGCAUCACCUCGAUCCGCUGCAUCCAGGCUACUGUGGAAUAUCUGAGCGACCGCGAGCAGACUCGCCCCAACGACCUCCCUUACACCAACGGCUACUUUAUCGACCUGGUUGAUCAGAUCCGCCAAUACGCCCAACAGCUCGCUGACGAGAAGACCAAGCAAACCGACAAGGACGAAAAGAUGGAUGUUUCCGGGUAUGCCUUGAACCCAAUUGUGCUGCUUGAUACGGAAACGUUGAUCACUAACUCGCUGCCUUCCUCCAGCAUUGAUGAGAUCAAGCUCCACGGCGGCAUCACCGUCAACGGCCGCCCUGCCGAGCUUGUCCGCAUGAAAGACGGCAAGGCGAUCUCGCUGGCCACCGGCAAGGUUGUCGAGCUCGAGGAAGACAUCAAGGGCGCCAUCCGCUUCAAACGCUCUGCCAGCGAGGAGCUCGCGGAUGAGGAGGAGAUCAUGCGCUCCAUGGCCCGCCGCAAGAAGAACGCUCCUCCUGAGGAGUACGCCCCCAAGCAGUGCCGCGAGCCUGGUUGCAACAAAGAGUUCAAGCGUCCCUGCGACCUGACCAAGCACGAGAAGACUCACUCUCGUCCCUGGAAGUGCCCAGUCUCUGCCUGCAAGUACCACGAGUACGGCUGGCCCACCGAGAAAGAGCGUGACCGCCAUCUCAACGACAAGCACUCGGCCAACCCGCCCAUGUACGAGUGCCAUUUCAAGCCUUGCCCGUACAAGUCGAAGCGUGAAUCGAACUGCAAGCAGCAUAUGGAGAAGGCCCACGGUUGGCAGUAUGUCCGCACCAAGACCAACGGAAAGGCUCGUGCUGGCAGCACCACUGCUUCGCUGCCCACCCCUCAGCUUCAAAACAUCCCUACCCCCAUCAGCGAUCCCAGCGGUGUCAACACUCCUCCACAAGACAACGCGUUCAUGCCGCUCUAUGGGAACCUCGACUUCCCCACGUACAUUCCUGACGAUGCAUUUGGCGCGCUCAACUUGCCGCAGGACAUUCACCUUGACUACUCGCCCAUUGACAACGCUACCCCUUCGACUGAGUCGAGCCUGGACCAUAGUUCGGCUUAUGAUAUGGGCGGCGAUUUUACGUUGUAUGAAGACAUCUAUGCUGCUCACGCGCAGCUCCCCACCACUUCCAACAAUAUUUACACCAAAGCCAUGGCUCAGGAUUUCGCCGCUUUCUCGGCGGCUGAGCUCUGCCAGCCGCAGCCUGCCCCUCACAUCUCACCCACUGGCCAGGGUAAUGCUAUGCUUUUCACACCUGCGUCCAUGGCCGAUGUGGACGAGGGGUUCGACGAGUUCCCUUCGACUGGCAACAAUGGUGAUUUCAUCCUCUUCCCAGCCACUGAUCUGAGCAAGACGACCAACUACGACGGGCUUUUUGAUGAGAUCCCCAGCAUGGCUGCGGGCUAUUCUCAGCCCACGUCGCAGACCCUGCUCUCCAUGGACUGGCAGUCGGACUACAACAACUUCCCUCAGCAUCAUUAA